UCACAAAGCCAUGUUCCCAGUUUAUCAUCUCUAGUCAGCUUCUUGCGAUGAAUUCCAAACUUUAGCCGGAACAAAAAACAAACAAAAAAAUAAAAAGCUGUAGACUGGAAAGAAUUUUGAAUGUGGGUCGAAAGGUCGGCACGUUGAGGAAAAACUGGUUUUUACUCACCUACUUGGAGAAUCAGACCCGGUUUUUUUCCAUAUACAGGAUACACAAGUAUAAGAAACCCAGAUGGCUUGCCCUUUUCCAGUAUUGUAGACUAGUCGACGGAAGCAGGAUAGAAAAUGAAGCCGUCCUCCUAUCAUGUUGUUCAUUUGUUUGCCAUAGCCUUUGUUUUAUCUGGAAUCAGCUGUCUGCCACAAGCUCUCUUAAUAGACGACGAUGUAACCUCCAUUGGUGAGUCUGACUCUGUCCUUGAAAGACAGAUGAUUCCAAUGCUAUUAAACAUGAGUCGAGGAUCAGCGUCAGCUGAUUCGAAUGUUGCGGAAGAAUAUUGGUCAUCGGGUCUCUCGGCCACAGCCAACGUCAAACGUUUUAAAGCCAUCCGAGCCGGCCUGCUAUUGAAUUUAAAUGAGAGCGUCCGAGACCUGACGAACUCUAUCAAGAAAAACGACCUUAAGGAAGCGGAAUAUUACCUGAGAAAGAUGAAUGAUAAGUGGAACAGGAUUGAGAGCCUACAAAAAACCAUUAUUCAAUUAAUUCCAGAUGAUGACCUCGAAAUGUUGGUAGAAGAAUCGAAAUUAUUCGAAGACAAUCGCGAUGUUGUUGAUCGUCAACGUGAAAUGGCCACCAACUUCCUGCUAAAAACUGUCCGUUAACACCUUCCACGGAUGUUUACCUACCAUUAUCAAUAUAAAUUACAGAAUCCAUCGAUAUUUAUUGUUGAAAAAGAAACACAGAAGCAAUACAUAUGUUACAUUCCACAGUUUUAAUAAACCGUUACGUUAAACGUUAAAUAAACCGUUAAAAAGCA